GCACUUCCAUCAUUAGGACCAGCGGGUGUCCUACUGUCAGUGUAGUUCAGCGUGUUUCCUCCUCUGCCAACUUGACCGCAAUUGUCCGCCGUCCUCUUCUCUGUGGCUACCACCAUGUCCCGCUGUCUUACUUUGGCCCGGUUCGGUAUCACCUUGUCCGCCAGAACCACCUCAAGAGUACCACCGUGUACACGAAGGCUGAGCGGUUCUGUCUCGCCAUCCCUGACACGGGACCUCCAGGUGGAACCCCAGCAUAGGUGGAGCAAUCGGCCCAAACUGUGGCGCUCUCAGCAGGUGUUUCCUUGGAUCAGCCAGCAGUCAUACUACAGCACGCAAGAAGCUGAAAAGGAGCCUGAGGAGGAACCUUUGCACACCAUCAUCAAAGAUUCUGAGUCUGUGCAAGGCACCUUCUCUAAACAUGAAUUUCAGGCCGAGACGAAAAAGCUUCUGGACAUUGUUGCCAGGUCCCUCUACUCAGAGAAGGAGGUGUUCAUCAGAGAGCUGAUCUCUAACGGCAGUGAUGCUCUGGAGAAGUUGCGCCACAAGCUGAUCACAGCAGGUGGCGAGACCGCUCCUAUGGAGAUCCAUCUGCAGACUGACGCUGCUAAAGGCACCUUCACUCUACAGGACACAGGAGUGGGUAUGAACCAAGAGGAGCUGGUUACCAACCUGGGAACUAUAGCACGUUCUGGGUCUAAGGCAUUUUUGGAUGCUCUGCAAAACCAAGCAGAGGCCAAUAGCACCAUCAUCGGGCAGUUUGGCGUUGGCUUCUACUCUGCCUUCAUGGUGUCUGACCGCGUGGACGUCUAUUCCAAAUCGGCUGAACCCGAAGCACCUGGAUACAAGUGGUCCUCUGAUGGCUCUGGAGUCUUUGAAAUAGCCGAGGCUAACGGCGUUCAGCAGGGCACAAAGAUUGUGUUGUACCUCAAAGAUGACUGCAAGGAGUUUUCCUCUGAGGACAGAGUUAAAGAUGUUGUGACAAAGUACAGCAACUUCGUCAGCUUUCCCAUUUUCCUCAACGGACGGAGGCUGAACACUCUUCAGGCUUUAUGGAUGAUGGAGCCCAAAGAGAUCAGUGACUGGCAGCACGAAGAGUUCUACCGCUACAUCGCGCAGGCGUACGACAAGCCGCGCUACAUGCUGCACUACCGCACCGACGCCCCGCUCAACAUCCGAAGCAUUUUCUAUGUCCCUGAAACGAAGCCAUCCAUGUUUGAUGUGAGCAGGGAGAUGGGCUCCAGCGUGGCUCUCUACAGCAGAAAGGUUCUCAUUCAGACCAAAGCCACCGACAUCCUGCCCAAGUGGUUGCGCUUUCUCAGGGGGGUGGUGGACAGUGAGGACAUCCCUCUCAACUUGAGCAGAGAGCUUUUACAAGAGAGCGCCCUGAUCAGGAAGCUUCGUGACGUCCUGCAGCAGAGGGUGAUCCGCUUCCUGCUGGACCAGAGCAAGAAGGAGCCUGAGAAAUACAACACGUUCUUUGAGGACUACGGCCUCUUCAUGCGGGAAGGCAUCGUCACCACCCAGGAGCAGGACGUCAAGGAGGACAUUGCCAAGCUGCUCCGCUUCGAGUCGUCUGCACUGCCGGAGGGCCAGCACACUAACCUGAUGGAGUACUCCUCCCGCAUGACGGCGGGAACACGUAACAUCUACUACCUGUGUGCACCCAACCGCCAUCUGGCUGAAAAGUCCCCCUACUUUGAGGCCAUGAAACAGAAAGACAUGGAGGUGCUCUUCUGCUACGAGCAGUUUGACGAACUGACCUUGCUGCACCUCAGGGAGUUUGACAAGAAGAAGCUCAUCUCUGUGGAAACAGACAUCGUGGUGGACCACUACAAAGAGGAGAAGUUUGAGGACAGCAAACCAGCCUCGGAGCGUCUGACGCAGGAGCAAGCCGACGACCUGAUGGCCUGGAUGAAGAACUCCUUGGGCCCCCGCGUCACCAACAUUAAGCUCACUCCCCGCCUGGACACACACCCUGCCAUGAUCACCGUGCUGGAAAUGGGCGCGGCACGACACUUCCUGCGCACACAGCAGCUGGCCCGCAGCGCCGAGGAGAGAGCUCAGCUCCUGCAGCCCACGCUGGAGAUCAACUCAGGACACGACCUGAUCAAGAAGCUCCACACGCUGAAGGACUCCAACUCUGAAUUGGCAGCACUGCUUCUGGAUCAGAUUUAUGACAACGCCAUGAUCGCAGCUGGCCUAAACGACGAUCCUCGACCAAUGAUUUCCCGCCUCAACGACCUGCUGACUAAAGCUCUGGAGAAGCACUGAGUGACUUGCUGACUGAACUAUUUAGAUGGCAGAAGCUCAUGCUGAACAUUUCCAGUCAUCAAUCACAUCUGUUAGCGCUCCCUAGUGGUGUGAACUUGGACAGCAAGCAGGUUUGAAGAGCUUUUGUAAAUAUGUGUGCUCAAAGAACUUUGGUAUAAAACAAGUAAGAAGCCUCUUGGGAAUUCUGUAGAAUCUUUUACUGCAUCUGAAAAGUAACAAAGUGUGUUGAGCAACAAGGUCCAGUCUUCCAGUCUGAAGGCUUGUUAUGGCUGCAGUUUAAAAGUCUAUGCCUUCUGUGCCACCACUGAACGUCUCAGUGCCAUCAGUCUGUUUGAACCACAGCAGGGUGCCUGGCCAGCGACACUUCCUGCUUUGGGGCUGCUGACCUGCCUUGCCAAGAUCCACACCUCAAAUGUCAGGAUGAUUUGUCUAUGUUGGCGAGGAAGCGUUGUGCCCACCACUCAUCCAGAUCUAUGGGCAGGAAGUCUGAGAGGAGGACAAGGUACACCAAACAUUAUGAACAUGCAGUGAAGACACAUUCAAUACACCUGUAAAUGUUUUUUUAUAAACUCAAUCCUGGCAGUUAAACUGGCUAAUUGUCUUAUGCAUUAUUUUAUUAGAAAAAUACAUGGCCAUUGUACACCAUUGCCUGCUAUCAUGGCAAACAACUUUGAAAACCUUUUUUUUAUACUCCAGUAACUGUCAGAAGCAUAUUAUAUUGAAAAGCCUUGCUUGGGACAAUUGUUGGAAAUUACCAAUAGUUAUACAAUCUCUGUACAGCACAACAGUUGCAAUAUUUGUUCUGGAACUAUGUUAAAUUGUGUCACCUUAUUCAAAUAAUUAAAAAUGUGGUUAUUAAAUACA